UAUGCUCGUUCUUUCGAGGAACUAUUCGAUUUGGCCAACUCUGAUUCAACUUCUACGUCGAGAUUUAAAUUCUCCAUUACAGUUUUUGAGCUCUACAAUGAACAGAUAAGGGAUUUACUCCCAGAAUCAGGAGAUGCUCUACCAAAGAUUCGCAUGGGAUCACCGGAGUCCUUUGUAGAACUUGUGCAGGAAAAAGUUGAUAACCCACUGGACUUCUCUAAAGUAUUAAAAGAUGCAUUUCAGAGCCGAGGAAAUGAUCCAUCAAAGUUCAACGUUUCUCAUUUGAUCAUCACGAUACAUAUAUAUUAUAACAAUUUGAUCACUGGAGAAAACACAUACAGCAAGCUUUCUCUAGUUGACUUGGCUGGAAGUGAAGGUUUAAUUGCUGAAGAUGACAGCAGUGAGCGUGUGACAGACUUGCUGCAUGUGAUGAAAUCACUUUCAGCGUAUGUUUGGAUGACUUAUCUCAUUUUUCUGAUAUUGAAAAGUUUUGGUUUCUAGCCUUUCAGGUUGCCUAUAAUUUUAAGGAUGGUUCACAUUGGUCUUAAACUUUUGAACAAUAUACGGUUUUCAUUUUGCAUGAUCUUGA